ACGUAAAACUACAUUUUCUUUUUCUGCUAUCUGUAAUAAUCGAUAAAAACUGAAAAAAUAUAUUCAAGUCUAUACCUCGAUGUCUCGUAAAAGAUCUGAAAUUUGUUUAUUUUUGUUAUGUAGAGUGUUGACAAGCUCCUUGUGUUGCUCCUUGAUAGUCUCAGAUACAUCCGAUUGAUUGUCUUCUUGGUUAAUCACUUGUAAUUCAUUGAUCAAACGACUCCUUUCUUGUUCUAAAUUUGCAACCUUUUUUUGAAGCUAAAAAUCAAAUAAGUCAGAAAUUACUUGAGCAUCUAUUGAGAAAAUACUUUGUCAAGUUCAGUUAAAUUCUUUUCAUUUAAACGGACUUGUUUCUUGUAUUUACUCUUCAAUUCCAAAUAUUUUUGCUCUAAACCUACAAUAACAAAAUUGUAUCAUGUCUUAUUAUUAAUAAAAAAUAAGAAAUACUCUCAAACUCCAAAGAACUCGAUUUACGCGACUUCGAACUUCUUGCGUCUGUAUCCGAUUCCAAUUUCUUGGUAUCUUCUUCACCUUGUUGCGUAGCCAAUUCGUCCAAUUUAUGUAAUAAAAUUUCCACUUGUUCCCCUUUAUAUUUUAAAACUUCCUGACUCACUUUAAUGAGUCUUACACAUUUUUUUAAAUCCAAAUCUUCACCGUCACAGUUAUACCACGUCACUGUAUUAUACAAAUCAUCUUUUUCUUCUUCAGUAAAAUCUUCAGGAGAGCGUGAAAACAAAUAUUCCCAAUCCAUUGUCACGGAUGACUAACAGUCAUAUCACGGUAGAGCUUUGACUUGUUUAUACCAAGUUGCUAGGUGUUUUCCAUACAAACAAAUAAAAUUUUUGGAGGGAAAAUUGACUUUUGUGUCAACUUAAGAAUAAUGUACUGUGUUUUACAAUAUAUUGACUACCUUAAUUUCAAACGAUUCAGAGAUACUUCUUCGGCAACUGUAACAAGUUUGCAGUCUUCAGAUGAAGAAAUAGUUAAUUCGACAUUGUAUUUUAACCCUAACUGUACUUUACAAUUAAUCUUGGAUUAUAUUUGUAUUGAAGCACAUUUAAAUGUGGAUGGUACUAAUUAUGAUUUGUGCAAUGGAGAUGGUGAUCUUUUGGGUAUAAAAGAUUACAAACCGAAUGCUAGUGGACUCACUAUUUUUCAUCGGAGAGAAACUUAUUUUCUUGUGAUGAUUAAGAGAAAUGACAGUGGUACCACAAUUGAAGAAAUAACACCGCUUCUAAAUCCUCAAAGUACGGCUUAUCAAAAUUUAAUUAAAAAUAUGAAUAAAAAGUUGAACAAGAAGAGGAACUCUUUUGCGAAGAGACGCAGUAAUAGCAGCAAACACAGUAUAACUCCCUCCCAAAGCUCAAACACUAGCACUAUAAAUAAUUCAAAAAAAAAGAUUUAGUGCUAAAAUUUAAAAAAUAGAUUUAUUAACUAAAUUGACUAGUACACAACACAUUCACAAUUUACUCUUAGUUUCAAACUCCUUCUCCCAAACUUUCAAGUCUGGCACUUUCAAAUUCGUCGAUUUUCCAUGUCUUCCUACACCGGCAACAAAUCUUUUAGCCCCCGCGAUAGAUUCAGUCCUCACCACUUUAACUCCAUUCUCUUGUUCAUAUUUCAAAAGAUCUAAAUACGCUGAAUUGAAAGCCGCAUUAUAUGUUGAAUUUCUAUCAGUCAGCAAACACUCCUGAGGAAAUUUGACUAGCGAAUUCGCGAGUUGGAUUGCUUGUCCCAGGGCUAGUACAAAAAUUAAAACAUUUACCACUAAGAGCUCGCAAUUACCUGUCCCACAUGCCACAAUCCUGUUUGCUACACCCCACUCAAAGGCUUCUUUGGCAUUAAGAGAGCGCCCUGUGAGGAUUAAAUCUAACGCUCUUGAUAGCCCAACCAUUGCUUGAAGUCUCACUGUGCCCCCGUCGAUUAAAGGAACACCAAACCGUCUACAGUACACCCCCAAAACUGCAGUUUCCUCCAUGACCCGCAAAUCGCACAUUAGAGCCAACUCCAAGCCGCCCGCAACAGCGUAUCCGCUUAUGGCAGCUACCAUUGGUUUUUUUAUGAAACGUAAAGUUGGGCCCUGGAAUAAAAAAUAAGAAAAAUGGGCAUAUAGCAGCGUGAGUUUUACCAUCUGGCCUUGAGGGUUAAAUGUGGUGUCAGAGUUGUCCAUUUGAGAUAGGGAGUUUAGGUCGUAACCGGCACAGAAGUUGCCCCCUGUCCCGUAUAAAACAGCAGCUUUGACUGUGUUAUCAUUUUCAAAAUCUUCAAUAGAGUUACGGAGUAAAGUGGCUGUGCUGGGAUCAACACAGUUUCGUUUCUCUGGCCGGUUUAUACCAAUGGUAACGAUUUCUCCAAUUUUUUCGGUUAAAACCGCUAAGUUUAGAAGUUAGGUUAUGAUCAUUGAUUUCAAGUUCACUUACUUUGGGGGUUAUUGCUGUAUCGUCGCAUUAUAAUUGAAGAAAUUUUUGUUGCCAUCAGAGUGUAUUUUCAUUGAUUUAAGUGUACUUUAACCAAAAUAUAUCAGCAACCUUGAAAGCCAGAAACCAGAUCACAUAACCUCAAUUUAUCUUCACACAAUAGAAUAAUAUUACGAAAUCUUUAUUUAGAAUAACGAAUUACAAAAAGUUUAUUAUUUAUCUUCCUUAAGGACAUGUUUCUUUCUUUCUGGCUCAUAAGGCACCUCCCCAGGUUUAGAAUGAGCCCUUCUGUUAGCUUCUUUCCUUUUACCCUUCUCUUUAAUUGUCCUAAGUUCAUUUUGUGCGUUAUAAAUGUGUUUAGGGACAUGUCUAUGUCGUGCUAUUCUUCGUACUUUUGGAUGUGUUGCAUACUUUUCUUUGAGAGCUUCACUGUAAUUGAGAGCAGCUCUUUCUCUAGGUUUGAGCUGCAAAACAAACUGAAUUAGAGACCAACAUUAUUAAUUACUAAUUGACGUACUGGUCCUAACUUCUCAGAUGCUCUUGCUUUCCAUAUCCUAAUAUUCAUUUCAUCUGAUCCACUUAAGAUAUAUUUGUUAUCAAGGGUCCAUUGUACACAAGUAAGACGUUGUAUGCGUUUUGUGUGGUAGAUUUCCCUGGAAUGGCCUUUGUUUGUUUCAAAUAUCCUGACUGUUUUAUCAUAGCUUCCACUAACAAAUUCUCUACCAGUGGGGGCAUAAUCUAUACUGGUUACAGCCCCAACAUGAUCCAUAUGGACAUUCACAGGCCGAUUUAAA